AUGAAUGAAACUAAUAAUGAGAAAUCUAAACGAAAUUUAAUUGAGAAAGUAAGUAGUGAAAAAGAUAAUUCGAUUAAUGAAGGAGUGAAUAUACCGACUGACCAAAGAGCUAAUGAGAGCAAAGGUUUCAGUAACAGUUACGAAAAUUAUGGCAGCAGUAUGAGUAGCAGUAAUAACAACAGAAGCAAUACUGGAAGUACUAGCGGUAAUAAUGUAGGCAGUACUAGCGGUAAUAAUGUAGGCAGUACUAGCGGUAAUAAUGUAGGCAGUACUAGCGGUAAUAAUGUAGGCAGUACUAGCGGUAAUAAUGUAGGCAGUACUAGCGGUAAUAAUGUAGGCAGUACUAGUGGUAAUAAUGUAGGCAGUACUAGCGGUAAUAAUGUAGGCAGUACUAGUGGUAAUAAUGUAGGCAGUACUAGCGGUAAUAAUGUAGGCAGUACUAGUGGUAACAACAUAGGAAGUAGAAACAGUAACAGCAACGGUGGGGGGGAGAGACGCGUAAGUAGUUUCAAGGAGGGAAACCCCAACGGCAAAGAUACUGCAUCGACGAAAAAGUUAGAGAGCGGUUUAAAUGAAGAGAAAGAAACAAAAAAGAAUUACAUGCAAUAUGAUGAUGGUAAUCCAGAAAUAAAUUUUUUUAUUAAUAAAGAUAAUUUAAAAAUAGCUAGAUAUGCAUGGAAGGCAGAAAACCCUAAAGCGUAUGUAUUUGCUUUACAUGGAAUUACAUCACAUCUGAGAAACGAAUAUUUAAAUUAUAUGGGUAGACCUGCAUGGGUUGAUCAAAGAAAGGAUGAACACCGUGAAAAAGGAAAUAAUGAAAAGGAGGGAUCAUUAAGAAGAGGGUUCAUUAAAAUAGGGGGCAACUACCUUAGUAAAAGCGGGUCUGUAAAGGAGCACGAGAAGUAUGUGAUUCCUAAUGGCAACGACUGCAACGACUGCAACGACCGCAACGACCGCAACGACCGCAACGACCGCAACGACCGCAACGACCGCAACGACCGCAACGACUGCAACGACUGCAUUAAUGGCAUCAGCAAUGGAAAUUAUAAUAACAGCACCAGUAAUAAUAAUAAUGGUAACAUAGGUGGUAGUGCGCGAGUCAAUGCUCCCGGUAGCGCUAAUAUAAGGGCGUUGAGCUUCUCCUCGGGUAAAGUAAGACAAAGAUCGUACGAUCGAGAAAUGAGGAGCCAGAGUAAUACAAAUUCUUCGGAUGAAGAAGAGGAGGAGUACGAUGAUGAUGAUGAUGAUGAUAAUGACUCUUCGUCUUUAUCAUGCAGUUCAUCCGAACUAGGGGAUAAGAGAAACUUAGAAAAGAAGUUAACAAUGUUUUUGUCCUGCUCAUCUUGUAUUUCAAAUUUAAAUGAAACGAUGAAUCAUGUGAACAGCAAAUUCAGUGAGGGUGCUUUAAAUAGUGGUAACAGUAAUGACUAUAACUGUAACUAUAGCAACAGUAACAUUAACAGCAAUAGUUUUAAUAAUACAAAUAGCUUCAAUAAUAAUAAUAAUAAUAAUAAUAAUAAUAAUAAUAAUAAUACUGAUACUAAUACUAAUACUAAUACUAAUUAUUAUUAUAAAUAUAACUAUAACGAUGAUGAUGAGUGUAGUGAUAACGCUAUAGACGACGAAAAUGUAUUGUUACCUAAUAAGGCGGAUGUAACAAAGCAUUAUGACUCAAGUGUAUAUUACUGCUCUAUGUGUGGCAUAUGUGAAUACUGUAAUUGUGGUGUAAGAACAUUAUCAUAUAAAAAUAGUUGGAUAGAAAUGCUAAAUGAAAAUGAUUUUUCGUUUGUUGGUAUUGAUAAUCAGUCACAUGGAUUAUCAGAAGGAUUUAAAAACUAUCGUUGUUAUAUUGAAGAUUUCGAUAAUUUCAUCCUGGACGCUGUUCAAGCUUUAGAAAUAUUUGUUAAUGAAUGGAAAGAAAGAAAUGAGUUAAAGCCAAUAAUUAUUAUGGGUUUAUCUAUGGGUGGUUGUAUAGCCUUAAAAUCGUUAGAAUAUAUAUAUAGAUCUAAUAAAGAAUGGAAAUCAUAUAUAAAAUCUUUAGUAUUAGUAUCACCUAUGAUUAGUUUAGGUAAACAAAAAAACAAAAUUAGUAAUAGACUUCUAAUAUCAGCAACGAAAUUUCUUAAAUACUUCUUCCCACUACUUCCAGUUAAUGUAAAAGAAAGUAAUCCCAUGUAUCCAUGGAUUAAACAUGAUUCGGAAAUUGAUCCAUAUCAAUAUUGUGGGCCCUUAAGAGUACGAAUAGCAGCAGAAUGUGUCGGUGCAGCUGACAGUUGCUUGACGUAUAAAAAUUUAAAAUAUAUAGAGGAUGGAGAUGUUGAUAUUAUAGUGAUUCAGUCCAAACAUGACUGCAUUGUUGAUCCCAGUGGUGCUAUCCAUAUGAUGAGGAGACUGCUCCGUAUAUAUGACAAGAAAAAGGGCAAAAAAAGGAAAAAAAAAAAUGCUGAUUGGGAUAGAAUGAAGCGAGGCGUUAAUAGUAGAGUAAGCACCAGUAUUAAUGGAGGUGUUAAUGACGGCGUUAAUUGUAGCGUUAGUAAGAACCGUCUCAUGUUCUUAAACCAAAUUAGCAGUAUGAAAAGAGACGCUGAGGGUACACUACAUGAAGGUAAGGAAGCAAAUGAUGAUAUCAUGUGUUGCAAAGAGAAUGUAGAUACAACACCCUCCAAUGAAAGACAGAAAGACAUGAAGAACAGUGUAGAAGGGUAUAUAGGAAGCCCAGGUAAGGGUAACAGUAAUGAUGGCAUCAAUCUUGUUAGUGUAUGUCGUUCUAGUGAUAACAAUACAUGCAGUAGCAAGAGGGCUAGUGUGAAUACAGAAAUAGGAAAAGGGGAACGGAAAUCGCAUAUAGGUAGUUUUGCUCACUUAUACGAGAAGAAGAAUAUUCUGUCAAGUUUAGUAUAUUCCCACGAAUCAUUUAACCGAAUAAAUAAAAAUGAUGAAAUUUUCCCCAUUUCAAAUACCGAAAACGACAUAAAGAGUGAGAGAAUUAUAUGGAAUACAUUUGAUUAUGGUUAUUAUAAAUCUUUUAAAUUAAAAAAAAAUAUAAAAAAUAAAAAUCAUUCUUUAUCUAGUGAUGAGGAAUUUAAAAAUCUAAGUGUUUAUAUUUUAAGAUAUGGUUGUCAUACCUUACCAGGGGAACCAAACACAAGAGAAACAAUCUCGCUUUUGGUGGAUUGGCUCAAUGAUACAUGCCAUAAAUACAUUUACAAAAAGUGA